UUGAUUGAGUAUUUUCGCUAUUUUGCUAAACUGUUUUAUCUGUUCACCAACCAUGAGUGUCUGCCGAGGGUGCAUGCGGAAGGAUCCGGACGUUUUGCUGUCUUUUAACGUGGCGAUUGAGGAGGUACCCCUCGAGAAAAUGUUCACUUGUCUAACCGGAAUCCGUGUUUCGCGGGAAUGCGACUUACCGCGCUAUAUUUGCCAGCAGUGCGCCGAUGGGCUAGCGGAAUCGUACAAACUUCGCUCGAAAUUUCUUCUAUCCGACAGACAACUUCGAUCGCUGCCUACACAAGAACAACAAAGCAUUAGUUUCGCCUCGGAGGCUAUUGAAGAAGUGGACGUGCUGGAGUAUUCCGAUCACCCGCCGGAAGAAGACGAGAUAGAGGAUGAGGAGGAAACUAUUGGUUCAAACUACUUACUGGAAGACGAGGAGAAGUCUUCCACUACCAGGAUUGCUGAUGAAAUGGUCACAGAACAACGACGGUUUACGAAGGAAAUUAAAAUCGAACCUCUAAUGGGUUGCACGGUAAAGGAACAGCAGAAGCUGGAAAGCGGUUUUACUAAAGAAGAAGUGCUUUCAGAAGAAGAAUACUUGAUUGAUGAAGAUACACCGUGUGAAGGCACCGAAAAUGUCGAAAAUGGGACCGAAAAUGCCGAGUUUGAAUCGAUAGAGCAAUCAAAACCAUCAAUCGAAAGCAAACUUCCUGGGCAUUCAGAGGUGAUGUGCUGCAAUUGCCCGGAUGUGGUGUUUGCCAGCAAGGACGAUCUUUGGCAACAUUCGGAAAAGGUGCAUAAAAAAGAGCGCUUCAGUAAACACGUGCUUCCGUAUGAGUGCGACGUAUGCUACAAGCGCUUCCUCACCCAUGCUGCACUUUUCAAACACCAAUCGUAUCCGUACCGAGUGAAAAAGUACGCGUGCAAACUAUGUGAGGCCCGAUUUCACAGUCGAAGCGCCGUGCUGAACCACGAAAAAUCGACUCACAUUAGAACGCGUUCGUACGUGUGCAAUGUAUGCCAGAAAGCUUUCUUCACCCAACCGACGCUGCUCUGUCACCAGGUAAUGCAUCGCGAAAAGCAGUUCCAGUGCUCGGUUUGCGAUAAACAGUUUUUCCGUAAGACCGAUAUGCUUGCGCACUUGCAAACGACACAUAGCGACGAGCGUCCGUUUUCGUGCGAUAUCUGCCCGAAUCGCUUCAAAACGAAGCCGCAUUUGCAACAGCAUCGUCUCGUGCACUCCGGAAGUCGGCCGAUCAAGUGCAAGUAUUGUGACAAAGGUUUCCAAACCUACAGCGACCGGAAGGUACAUCAGUUGAAGCACGAGAACCUCGACAGUUUCGUGUGCAAGUACUGCAGCAAAGUUUACCAGCGCAACUACAAGCUACAAGUCCAUGUGCGCAAACACCACACGGGCGAACGGCCGUUCGAAUGUGAGUGCUGUGAGAAGAAAUUUGUCCAACGCUGGGAACUGAGGAAACACUACCAGAAGAUGCAUCAAGCGUAGGGUACGACUAAACAGGCGACUGAAGCUGUCACAAAACCGGAGGAUACAAGACCCGACGAAGUCUGAUAUU